GAUGAUGGUCUCAGGUCUAUUAUAUAUAAGUCUUGUUUCGAUGCUGUUUUGAAAACGCACUGUUGCAGGUUCAUUGGAAGGCACAAUUAUUGUAGAAGAGAUAUCCUUUUCAUAGCAACUUCACAGAAACAUCUUCUGUCACAGUUAAACUCAGAUUCCUCCCAAUCUCCUGAGAUGAAGGUGAAUGUCUUCGUUUUCGCCGUGGCUCUACUUGGUGCCUUCCAACCUCGCUAUGAAUGUAGAGCUAUUGAAACCCCCUGGGCGGUCCAUCCAUCCCACAAUCUACAGGCAGAGCUGCAACAGCAACUCCCUAUUCUUCUGCGACUAGGAGAGGAGUACUUAAUUCGGCUAGACAACUCCAAUCAAAAUUCGCUCCAGUCCUCCUCGCCGAACACAUCUCCUGGAGCUGCUGCGCCCUCAACAACGGUCAACAGGGCAUUACAACUUCAGCUCACGCAGCGCCUGCUGCAAGGUAAAGUCGGUGACAUAAAUCGGUUUCUAAACAGCUACGCUAACCAGAUGGGUGAUUCCAUGGAAAGAGGAAAGAGGUCCGGUCCGGGCGAAGAGCCACCGAUCUCUUUGGACCUGACGUUCCACCUGCUGAGGGAAGUUCUAGAAAUGGCUCGAGCCGAGCAAUUAGCACAGCAGGCAAAUAGUAACCGAAAAAUGAUGGACAUAUUCGGGAAAUGAAAGUGUUAGAAACACAUUUGCCAAAUAAUUUGUUUACAUCUUGCACAAAGUGUACGGUACUAUUCCAUUUCUGUAUUAGUCUUUAAUUGGUUAACUUUCUUUAUUUUAUUUAUCAUUUGUAUUUAUUUAAACGAGAGCUGUAAAAUCGAGUUGUAAUUCGCUGUAUAGUUAUUACAUUGUUUGAUGAGAUGCAAACAUAGCCCGUUGACAUGCUGACACUGAACAAAUAUCCUUUGUCUUAAUUUAUAUUCAAGCAUAACAUGUUUU